GAUGAUCUGAGUCUAGAACUCUGUCUUAUAUGUAAUCAUAAAAUAGUUUUUGUAAAGUUUUAAUAUACUGUAAGUUUUUCAGAAAUGCAACUUGUUAACUGAAGGAAGAUUAUACUUUCUUUCAAUCAGAACUUGACUAAGAGUUAUUUGAUGUUUCAGAAAAUCAUAUCACACACAACAAUGUCCUGUGUGGUAUCUGUGCCCCCAAAUCAACCUACAUUUACAGCUCUCACUAGCACAGUGAUUCUGCUGAGAGGAGCAAACAUCUGACCACUUUAUCAUGUUUUCUAGAGUAGUUGUGCCCAAGCAUAUGCAUAGUGAACACACUGACAUAUUUAAUUUACAGUGCAUAUAUAUUAUUUUAUUAUAAGUUAACUUUCAUUUUAUUUCUCCCUUAUUAGGUUAGGUUAGUGUCUUAGACCAUUCAGGCAGUAACAAAAUACCACAGACUCGGUAGCUUAUAAACAACGGAAAUUUAGUUCUCACACUUCUGGAAGCUGGAAGUCCUAGAUCACAGUGCCAGCACGGUCUGAUGAAGGCCCUUUUCUGUGUCGCAGACUUCUUGUUGUAUCCUCACAUGGUGGCAGAGAAGGGCCUAGUGAUCUCUCUGGAGCGUCUUCUAUAAGGCACUAAUCCCAUUCAUGAGGAUUCCACCAUCAUAAUUUAAGCACCUUCCAAAGGCCUCACCUACUAAUACCAUCACCUUUGGGGAUGAGGAUUUCAACAUAGGAAUUUUGGGGAGGACGUGAACAUUUAGACCAUAGGAGUUAGUAAUUUAUGUUUUUUAGUUAUGAGCUAGUGAAUUAUGUAUGAAUUUCAUUUCAGAGUAGCAAAAGGGAUGUUAUAUAAUAUUUACUAUAAUGAGAGAUAAGUAUAGUACUUUAUGUGUUAGCUUCCUAUUGCUGCUAUAACAUGUUAUCACAAACUUAGUGGCUUAAAAUAACACAAAUUUAUUAUCUUACAGUUUGGCCCUUUCCUCCAUCUUCAAAGCCAGCAAUAUAACAUCUUCAAGUGUCUCUCUGACUCUUACCCUCUUGCUUCCAUUGUCAUAUCUCCUUCUCUGACUCUGACCUCUCUGCCUUCCUCUAGUAAGGAUUCUUGUGGUUUCUUUGAGCCCACUCAGAUAAUCCAGGGUAAUCUUCCCAUCUCAAGAUCCUUAACUUAAUCACAUUCACAAAGUCCCUUUUGCCAUGUAAGGUAACAUUCACACGUCUGGAGAUUAGGACCUGGACAUCUUUGGGGGCCAUUAUUCUGUCCACCACACGUUAAUAAUGUAAUACUUGUUGGUCUGAUAAGGUUGAGACUCGCAAAUAUAACUAAAGCACUGGGCUUGAUGCUCCCUCUCUCUUUCUGUUCUUGGGGCAGGUAGAUUUCUUCCUUGACCUUGGCUUUCACUGGACCUGUUCCAGGGGUACAGUGUCUGGAGAAGAACAGCCUAAUCCCUGCCAGGCUGAGCUGCUGGCCCUUGAGGGAAGGCUCUGGUUAUUGCAAGGCCUUGAGUUUCCAGGCACUGUGGGUCCAGGCAUUCAUUUGAAGCUAACCUGGAUUAAAGAACUCCUUUUUUUUCUUGGGAGCAUGUAAUGUUUACUUUUGGGGGCACCCAACUUUAAAUGUCUUAAGUUGUUUUGCUCUUUGGGAUACAUCAGAAGUCACCGAGAUAUUCUCCAGCUCUAGGGGCUUUGUGUUCUUACCUAAAAAUCAGGAUACACAGUCUGACGAAGGAUUUUCCAUCUGCUUCCAAGAGUCAGAGAAGUUUUAGGAGAUGCAGUUUGGUUGAAGACAGAAUUUCUAGCACAUCUUGAUAGUUCAGGGAAGAUAAUGUGAUAGAAUAAAUAAAAUAUAAUAAAAUAGUUAUCGUUUAAUGAGUUCUUUAUGAAGUGCCAAGCAUGUGCUGUGUCCUUUAUACCUAUUAUCUCGUUCGACCCUUACAGCAAUCCAGGGAGGUAGAAGUGAUCGCCCUUGUUUUACAGGUUCUAAUUCAAAGUCAUAGUGGUGGGCUCAGAAUUCAUAUGCAGAUCUAUCUGGCCCAGAAGCCAGUGCUUGUGAACUCCUACACUCACAGAGAUCCAGGGCACCGGGUUCUUGUAAAUAGAUGUAUCCCCAACACUAAAAAUGUUGCUUGGAAGAUAAGCCAGAGCUCCAGAUCUGCAGGAGUUUUUUCAGCUUCAGUGAGAGCUGCCUGGCGUGAAGAAUGGUGGCAUUUAGUUUGGUGGGGAUUUUAGAAUUGUCUCUCCAAUGUCCUCACUCCUGGGUAAGAAGAAGGACAGAGCACAUUGGUAUUUUCCUGGCAACAAAUACAUGUUUAAGGGAGAUUUGAUACAAAGAUAGAAAUGGGGAUUUUUAUUUUCAAGGCCUGCCUUCUGUCUCUACCAGUCUGCCUCCAGCACACCUGCAUCCUCAGUGAUGCCAAGAGCAGGGAACUCUCAGACGUCCAUACCCUGGGUGGGGUCCUGGGGGAGCCCCAGAUAGUGUUGGAGAGGAGGAAUGCCCCUUGGAGCCUAAAUAGUACUGUUAUGUAAUAUGCCAAAGGGGUCAGUUUAGCGUCUGCUGCUCUCUGCGAACAGUCCACCCAUGGGAGAGGGAACUGGGGGACAAGGGGCCCAUCUCACUUGACAAAGUGCGAGCCUGACUGCUGAAGGAUUGCAGAGCAGCACACAUCACCUUACCUCUUCUCUUGGACCAUUUCAGCUGUCUGCUUUGGAUUGACAGAGGCAUCUGGCUGCUAAAAAUACCCUACUGACCAAGUAAGCGCUCCCUAUUCCAACUACAGCUGAGCACAACUGCCAUCCAGGACUGAGAUUCUUCUUGCAAAGAAACUCUUCAGAAGUGUUCAGGCCCAAUCCCAGAACCACACCAGCCCAUGGUCAUUUUCUGCUCUGUCAGCUUUGCUGGAUGAUGAAUGAGACCCUUCCCAGAUCACCGUGCCCUUGCCUGCCCCAUCCCUGCCUCUAGGAAAAGUGGUGGAGGGGGAGGUGAGGACCCAGUGUCGAGAGGGGGUAGGGAAGGGGAGGUGCUUGUCCGUUUAUAGGCUUGCUCUUUGGGAUGCUGAAGGUGUUGAAAUAGCAGCCACGACAAGAGACUUGGCUCAGUGUUAAAUAUCUGCCGUGCUGCCUGAAAGACUGUGCGAUGACCAUAGAGAGAAUGGAGAACGUGGAGGUCUUCACUUCUGAGGGCAAAGGCAGGGGUCUGAAGGCCGCUAAGGAGUUCUGGGCUGCGGACGUCAUCUUUGCUGAGCGGGCUUAUUCUGCAGUGGUUUUUGACAGCCUUGUUAACUUUGUGUGCCACACCUGCUUCAAGAGGCAGGAGAAGCUCCACCGCUGCGGGCAGUGCAAGUUUGCCCAUUAUUGUGACCGCACUUGCCAGAAGGAUGCUUGGCUGAACCACAAGAACGAGUGUUCAGCCAUCAAGAGAUACGGGAAGGUGCCCAACGAGAACAUCAGGCUGGCGGCACGCAUCAUGUGGCGGGUGGAGAGAGAAGGCACCGGGCUCACCGAGGGCUGCCUGGUCUCCGUGGACGAGCUGCAGAACCACGUGGAGCACUUUGGGGAGGAGGAGCAGAAGGAGCUGCGGGUGGACGUGGACACUUUCUUGCAGUACUGGCCGCCUCAGAGCCAGCAGUUCAGCAUACAGUACAUCUCGCACAUCUUUGGCGUGAUUAACUGCAAUGGUUUCACACUCAGUGACCAGAGAGGCCUGCAGGCAGUGGGUGUGGGCGUCUUCCCCAACCUGGGCUUGGUGAACCAUGACUGUUGGCCCAACUGCACCGUCAUAUUUAACAAUGGCAAAAUUGAGCUCCGGGCCCUGGGCAAGAUCUCAGAAGGAGAGGAGCUGACGGUGUCCUAUAUCGACUUCCUUAAUGUCAGCGAAGAACGCAAGAGGCAGCUGAAGAGGCAGUACUACUUUGACUGCACGUGUGAGCACUGCCAGAAAGGGCUGAAGGAUGACCUCUUCCUGGGGGUGAAAGACGACCCCAAGCCCUCUCAGGAUGUGGUGAAGGAGUUAGUACAAUUCUCGAAGGAUACACUGGAAAAAAUCGACAAGGCUCGAUCUGAGGGUUUGUACCAUGAGGUUGUGAAAUUAUGCCGGGAGUGCCUGCAAAAGCAGGAGCCAGUGUUUGCCGACACCAACCUCUACAUGCUGCGGAUACUGAGCAUUGUUUCAGAGGUCCUCUCCUACCUUCAGGCCUUUGAGGAGGCCUCGUACUACGCCAGGAAGAUGGUGGAUGGCUAUAUGAAGCUCUACCACCCCAACAAUGCCCAACUGGGCAUGGCUGUGAUGCGUGCAGGCUUGACCAACUGGCAUGCUGGCAACAUUGAGGUGGGGCACGGGAUGAUCUGCAAAGCCUAUGCCAUUCUCCUGGUGACACAUGGCCCCUCCCACCCAAUCACCAAGGAUUUGGAGGCCAUGCGGGUGCAGACGGAAAUGGAGCUGCGCAUGUUCCGCCAGAACGAGUUCAUGUACCACAAGAUGCGCGAGGCUGCCCUGAACAGCCAGCCCAUGCAGGUCAUGGCCGAGCCCAGCAGUGAGCCGGCCCCAGCUCUGUUCCAUAAGAAGCAAUGAGGACCUACCUGGUGGGGAAGGGGCACCAUGGCUGGGGUAUGGGGAGACAUUCUGGGGGUGGUGGGCUUCUGGGGAGACCCUUGUUGAGGAAGUCAGAGUAACGCUCAAUCUUGUUGCUGUGGGAAUGUACUGCUGUGUGUUCCCAGUGUCAUUUUGAUUCAUUUUAAUUCAGUUCAACUCAAUUUAACUCUAUCCCCGCCUAGCCCAGCCCAACUCAACCUACAAAUGUUUAUUGGGUGCUAGACCCUAGGGAUAAAGAAGCUCCAAAUGUAGCUGGGAGGCAAAAUGUAAACAAUUAAAGCACACUGUAAUAAUAAAUGUAAUGGUAAACUAUACAGAGAGAGGGGAGGCAAUGGAGGGCAUAUGUCUGGUGUGUGUGUGUGUGUGUG